CCAGCUUCGCCUCCUCUUUGCAAGUCAGCGGGGAGGCGUGGUGUGGCCGGGCGGGGUGGCGCGUCUUCGCUUCCCGGGGAAGUGCGAGUCGGCGGAGCGAUCCGGCCGGAGGGGAGGACGAGCAGCUAACAGGAGGAGGAGGAGGAGGAGAAGCCCGGAGGAGCAUGGAGGCGGCGCCCGGGGAAAGCGAACAGCUGGCCGGGCAAGGACGAUGGAGAGAACCGCUGGCCGCUUAGCUUCUUCCCGGCAGCGGCGGCGGCGGCGCUCACUCUUGCGGCCCCGGUUCGGAUGCGGCUCCGGGUGGCCGACUCCGGACCAUCGAACCCUUCCAGGAUGAGCAGCAGCGCCGGCGGCGGAGGCACCGGCAGCGGCAGCGGCGAAGUGGUUUGCUCCGGCUGGCUCCGCAAAUCGCCUCCGGAGAAGAAGUUAAGGCGAUACGCGUGGAAAAAACGAUGGUUUAUCCUUCGCAGUGGCCGGAUGAGCGGUGAUCCCGAUGUCCUGGAGUACUACAAAAACAAUCACUCCAAGAAGCCGCUGCGCGUGAUCAAUCUCAAUUUUUGUGAACAAGUGGACGCCGGGUUGACCUUCAACAAGAAGGAACUGCAGGACAGUUUCGUCUUUGACAUCAAAACCAGCGAGAGGACCUUCUACCUGGUGGCGGAAACGGAAGAGGACAUGAACAAAUGGGUGCGGAACAUUUGUCAGAUUUGCGGGUUCAACCAGUCGGAAGACCAUCCGGAUUCCUUACGAAACGUCCCUCUUGUGAGUCACGGCCCUCGCUCAUCGCCAGCCGAGUUCAGCGGCUCCAACCACCGGUUGUUGCGGGAACGGAAAACGUCGGCUCCUUCGCACUCCAGCCAACCCACCCUCUUCACUUUUGAGUCGCUCCACAUCCGGAGCACCCUUUCCACCAGCGCCCCUCAAGACUAUCUCUUCCUACACCAGUGCAUGAGCCAGAAAUCGGAAAACACGAGGAGCGCCAGCUUCUCGCAAGCCACCCGGUUCUUCAUGAGGAGCGACCCGUCGGUUCAGAAACUGUCUCAGGAGAACGGGCAUUGCGUCAACGGGUUGGGCGGGCAGCUCCACGGUUUCUACAGUUUGCCCAAACCCAACCGGCACAACUCGGAGCUCCGAGACAGCGCUUACGACUUGCCCAGAAGCUUCGGCUGCUACGCCCACACCAAAUCCAGCCUCACCGGCUCCGAGACGUCGGAUAGCGAGGAGGUCUACACUUUCAAGACCCCCAACAGCACCCUUUGCAAAGACUUUGGAGAACUCUCCACGGAUUCCUACGACGUGCCGGGUACCCCUCUGUCCAUUUACCAGAUCCCGAGGACCUUCACGCUCGACAAAAACCACAAUGCCUUGGCGGUGGCUUCGAGCGACGUGGUGGCGACGCCUCCCCCCAGACCUCCCAAGCCGGGGCAGGCCGAAUCCCGCUGGGGCAGCCCCCAACAACGCCUGAUGGACAGCGAAGGCCUCAGCAUGAGUCCAACCGUCACCACCAUUCCCCGAAGGAACACUCUGCCGGCAGUGGAGAACUGCAGGUUACACCGAGCUUCUUCCUGUGAAACCUAUGAAUAUCCUCAGCCCAGCGUCAGUGGCACGGGGCCGUUGGCCGAGUCUGCAAAUCUCGUUGGAGCCAGUUCGUAUCUGCAGAACAAAACUGUCGUGGCUCGAUCCCAUAGCGCGGACUCCGAAGACAACUACGUCCCCAUGAACCCAGGUUCUUCCCUCCUGCAGAACACGGAGCGCUCCAAUGACAGCUCCCAGCACCUCUACAUUCCCAUGAGCCCUGGGCCUCAUCACCUGGACAUGAUGGCCCACUCCUCCUCCACCUUCCCAGCUCAGAAAGGCAGCGGCAGCAGCUCGCAGCCCUUGAGGCGGAUGAGUGAAAUCCAGCCCCCACCCAUCAACCGCAACCUUAAACCAGAUCGAAAAGCAAAACCGACCCCACUUGACCUCAGGGGCAAUUCAGUCAUCGAUGAACUGCCCUUUAAAUCGCCAGUCACAAAAUCAUGGUCUAGACCCGGCCAGACUUUCAACUCCAACUUUUCUCAAUAUUGUCGUCCCACCUCAACCCAGAGCAUAACCAGCACCGACUCAGGAGAUAGUGAAGAAAAUUAUGUGGCCAUGCAAAACCCAGUUUCUGCGUCUCCCAUUCCAAGUGGGAAAAGUAGCCCAGCCCAAAAGAAAAGCAACACAAGCGUCGAUUACCUGGCUUUGGACUUCCAGCCGAGCUCACCUGGGCCCCACCGAAAGCCCUCUACAUCGUCCGUCGCUUCCGACGAGAAGGUCGAUUACGUACAGGUGGACAAAGAGAAGACGCAAGCUUUGCAGAGCACGAUGCAGGAGUGGACUGACGUCCGGCAGUCGUCUGAGCCCAGCAAGACGGUGAAGCAGUAGCCCAGCAGAGGCGUGGUGGAGAAACCAGGGAGGCUUCUAGUAAUCAAGGAGAGAGCAUCCGUUUGUCUCCCUUGCUGUGGACCUUCUCUUGGUCCUCUCUGGAGGCUGUUCCAGAUAGGUUCUGCUUUUGAAAACAAGCUUCUUCAGGUGAACAUUUGACUGAAAACCUGCAUCAACCCUCCCAAAGGCAUUUUUCGGUUAUGGGUUAGCUGCUGGCUCUAUCCGGAGGAAUUCGGUGAACGAACACUGGCUUCUCAUCCACCUGCCCGUAUCCAAACUUUCCUCGAUCCACUUUCAACCUGCAGAGCUCUGUUUUCGCAUCCAGCACUUACCCUUUGCCGGUUUCCUGCUGUUGGUUGGAACUUUCAGCCUGAUUUCGGCCUCCCGGUUCCGCCUUUUGGAGAUGUUGGUGAUGAUGAUAAUAACAAUAAUAAUAAUCGAGCUGCUGAGCUAUUAACCAGCCUCAAAGGCUGUGAAUCUCACUAAGGAUUAACCAAUAAUAAUAAUAAUAAUAAUAAUAAUAGCCAGCUACUCACCCUAAGUGGAUUUGAUCUUCAGCAAUCUGUUUACGAGGCUGUCUUAGCUGUUAUCGCUUCACAAAAGGGUGAAGAAAUCUCCAAGCGAUGCCUUUUUUCCCCCCCCUCUCUGCUCUUUAUGUAAAUUGCCAUCGUGCGAAUUCCUUAAAGUACGCAAUUGUCCUUCCGAGGACGAGCAUGUCGAGAAACGAUCGCUGUUCACCGGUAUAAAUCAGCUUUUCGAAAUGCAUUACUCUGGAACUGAAAAUAAUUCCUCGUCCGCCACUCUUCCCCUCAACAAGAAAAAAAACAAAAUUCUUCCUAAUUCUUUUUAAGAAUGGGACCCGCUCUGGAUGUUUUUGCAAUAGUUUCCCCUUUUGUGGGAUAUAUGAUAUCGGUGUCCGAGAUCUUACAAUAGUUGAAGCUGCGUUGGGCAGUAUUUGGUACCUAGUCUGUGGUGUGUAGGAGAGCAUUUGAUGUUGGACCCUUAGAACGAUGGUUAUAAAAGCCUUGAUAUUUAAAAAUCC